AAGGUUAAUUCCACAAGAUCAGGUUGGAUUAUCUACAGUUGUUCAAGGAACCAUUGGAUACUUGGACCUUGAGUGCUUGCAUACAAGACAAUUAACAGAGAAAAGUGAUGUUUAUAGCUUUGGAAUCCUUCUUCUCAAGCUUUUGAUUGGAGAAAAGGUAAUUUCCUUUAAUGGGGCAAAGGAAGAGAGAAAUCUUUCCAUGUAUUUUCUUUCUACAAUGAAAGAUAAUUGCUUGGGAAAAAUUAUUGAUGGUUGUAUAGUGAAUGAAUCAAACAUUGAGCAACUUAAUGAGGUAGCUAACCUUGCAAGGAGGCGCUUACGUGUGAAAGGGGAGGAAAGGCCUACAACGAAGGAAGUGUUUAUGGAAUUAGAGGAACUAAGAAGUAUGACAAAGCAUCCAUGGGUUAAUGAUGCAUUGGAUGCAAAAGAGGCAGAGUAUUUGCUUGGUGAAACAUCUGAUAAAUCUAGUUACCAUGAGUUCUUUGAUGCUAGUGGUAGCAUGAGUGUCGUUUACAACACCUUGCUAGACCAAGAAAGAUUUGUAGUUCACAAUGGGAGAUGAUUACUUGGUUUGAGGAAUAAUGAUUCAUCCAAAUGAAAGAAUGGACAUGAAAGGAGCUAUUGCAUAACUCUGUACCAUGGCUAAAUUUAAUAAACAGUUUAGUAAUUUUUGUAUUUUUUUCUAUUUUGUCUACUAUCUUUAAGUUCUUUUAGAUCCAUCUACUAUCUUUUACUUUUAUUUUAGUUUAGUCUAAUUUGUUAACAUUCUAAUAAUAGCAAUUUCACUUC